UGAUGUGGAUCUGUUGUUUUCAUUUCUUGCUGAAGGUUAUACAUCAAUUAUAUGUGCCCCUAUGCUCAGCGUGUGUGGAUUAUCAGGAACGUCAAGGGUUUGCAAGAUCAGAUCAAGUUAGUUCCAAUUGACCUCCAGAACAGGCCUGCUUGGUACAAGGAAAAAUUUUACUCGGAAAAUAAGGUGCCCUCCCUGGAACAUAACAACAAAGUGAUCGGAGAAAGUUUGGAUCUGAUUAAGUAUGUUGAUAGUAACUUUGAAGGGCCAUCUCUUCUGCCUGAUGAUCCGGAAAAGCAGAAGUUUGCUGAAGAAUUAAUAGCCUAUAGUGAUACAUUAGUCAAGGAAGUAUAUGGUUCGUUUAAAAAAGACGCACAGAUACUGGCCGGAGCACAAUUUGAUUACCUGGAAAAAGCUCUCGAAAAAUUUGAUGAUGGACCUUUCUUCCUUGGUCAAUUCAGUCAGGUUGACAUAGCAUAUGCUCCAUUCAUCGAAAGGUUCCAAAUUUUCUUGCAAGAGGUGUUUAACUAUGAUAUCACAUCUGCGAGGCCGAAACUAGCCAAAUGGAUUGAGGAAAUGAACAAGAUUGAUGGUUACAAGCAGACGAAAGUCUUGGAUCCCAAGAGACUGGUUGAAUACUACAAAAACCGUUUUAUGGCCUAGAAUUUCAAAACGGUUUGUCAACCAUUGGCGAAACUGCGAAUGAAGCACGCGCUGUAUAAUUAUGUCAUGGAGUUCUACAGAAUUGUUGAUUAGUUAUAGAUAAAUCAAUUGGUCAUGUCCUUUUUUUUAUAUGUAGAAAUGUGAAUUAUGCUUGGAGUUUGGUGUUUAUGCUACGGAUUUGGUCGCCUGUGUUUUAGCAGCUUCUUAUUGAAAUAUUCUUCUUAUGGGCUGAGUUUUGUAAUCCGGAUGGAUCGGGUUAAUGGGCCAGGUUUGUUUUUAGAUUAGGUUUGAUACAACCCGAGAAAAUUGCACCAUAAAAGCUAGCUAUUAGCAAGUCUAUCGUACUAGGAUUCAGGUCCCCUACUUUACAGUGCACGAUAACUUGAGUCUUAUAUUUAUGUGUUCCAAUAAAUCAGCGCCACAUGUUUGAAUAAAAAUUCUAACAUAUAUCAUGUCA